AAUCCCCCUAUAUAAAAUCCCUCGUCAAACUCAUCACCACCAUUAUAUUUCUCUAAUAUUUUCAAUCUCUCUAUAGCCUUUACUACUCCGCCGUGAUGGCGUCGCCGAAGAGUGAGCGGAAAGGAAGCGAGGAGAAGAAGAAGAAGGGGCGUUUGUCGGAGAAGGCGUCGUCGUUUCACGGGAGGGACGCUGGAGCUUUCUCGGACAUGGUUCCGCGGCCGAAGACAGUGCCGGACUUGCUGGCCGGCGGGAUUCCAUCGCCUCCGCCGAAGCUAACGAAGUUGCUGGUGAACGUGACCAUACAGAGGAGCCCUGGCCCCAUCCACGUUUUAAUGCCGCCGGAGGCCACCGUGAAGGACUUGAUCACGGUCGCACUCCGCCACUAUGUCAACGAGGCGCGGCGCCCGGUUCUUCCGUCCACCGCCGCCUCCGCGUUUGAUCUUCAUUACUCUCAGUUCAGCUUAGAAAGGUUGGAUAGGGAGGCGGAAAUAGUGGAGUUGGGGUCAAGAAACUUCUUCCUCUGUCCGAGACACACGGAAAACGGCAGCGUAUGCGUAUCAAAGGAGGAGUAUCCAGAAAAUGUCAGAAUGUUAUGGGCUCUCGGAGUUUGGUAUUCACAUUUUCGAUUUUCCUACUAGUUAUAGUUUAUUUAUUUAUCUAAGUAUUGAUGGAAUCAAUUUAGCGACUC